CUCCACCAAUUCAAAUAUCACCAAAACAAAGACAUCACCCUUCACCGUUUCAUUUCAUUUCUCACCUUUCAGAUCUUACAAUCCAAUCACCAUGGAAGACUCACAAGAACCCUUCUCUCAAUCCCAAUCCGAAACCUACCUCGCCGGUUUCGUAAUGGCCAACAUCGUCGGCAUUAAACACUACUCCGGCACCAUCACCGGUCGCGAAAUCCUCGGCUUAAUCCGCGAACCUUUAAACCCAUACGAUUCCAACGCCAUCAAAGUCCUCAACACUCAAACGCUCCAAGUCGGUUACAUCGAACGCGCCGUUGCCUCCGCUCUCGCUCCUCUCCUCGACGCUCACAUCAUCCACGUCGAAGCCAUCGUUCAACCCCGCUCUAACAAUAACAAAUUCCGUAUCCCUUGUCAGAUUCAUAUCUUCGCUCAUCAAUCUUCUUUUGAUGCUGUUCAUGACGCUUUUAACGGUUCCAAUGUUCAUUUCAUUUCGUAUAGCGAUCCUUCGUUUACUCUUUCUCAUUCCGCCGCCGUUAAAGAAACACGCGCCGACACCUUCAACUCUGAUUCUGUAACCACCGGUAAUAAUAAUAGUAAAAACCUAGAUCAAAUUUUCAAACUCGUUCGAGAAAACCUAGCUUCCAAAACCCUAGUUUCUGAACCGUUAAACCCUCCUUCUAGCAUUAUCAAAUCAGAGCUUCUGCAGCACCAAAAAGAAGCACUGGGAUGGCUUUAUCAUCGCGAAAGUACCCAAGAUUUACCGCCGUUUUGGGAGGAGAAAGUGGGGAAUUUCGUCAAUGUGUUGACGAAUUAUCAAACUAAUGCGCGACCGGAGCCUCUUCGGGGAGGGAUAUUCGCAGAUGGGAUGGGAUUAGGGAAGACUUUAACUUUGUUAUCUUUGAUUAGUUAUGAUAAAAUGAAAAUGAAAAGUGGGAAGAAAAGAGGUAGGAGUAGUGUAGAGAGGGUGGAGAGUGAGACAAAUGGUACAUUGAUUGUGUGUCCUCCUUCUGUGAUUUCGACGUGGAUAACUCAGUUGGAGGAACAUACUAACCGCGGCACGUUGAAGGUUUAUAUGUACUAUGGUGAUAGGAGGACUCAAGAUGCUGAGGAGUUGAGGAAAUAUGAUAUUGUGUUGACUACUUAUGCUACAUUGGGAGCCGAGUUGCGGUGUUCAGAUACUCCUGUGAAGAAAUUGGGGUGGAGGAGGAUUGUUUUGGAUGAGGCGCAUACAAUUAAGAAUGUUAAUGCGGGACAGAGUCAGGCUGUUAUUGCUUUGAAUGCUAAGAGGAGAUGGGCUGUUACGGGGACGCCUAUUCAGAAUGGUUCUUAUGAUUUGUUUUCUCUUAUGGCUUUUUUGCAUUUUGAGCCGUUUUCUAUUAAGAGUUAUUGGCAAAGCUUGGUUCAGCGACCUCUUAAUCAAGGAAAACAGACUGGGAUGAGUCGAUUGCAGGUUUUGAUGUCGGCGAUAUCAUUGCGAAGAACCAAAGACACUGCAUUGGGGGGGCUUCCACCUAAGAUUGUUGAGACUUGUUAUGUUGAACUUUCAUUUGAAGAACGUAAACUGUAUGAUGAGGUUAAAGAGGAAAUAAAGUCGCUUAUGAUGCAUCAUAACAGCAAUGACAGACUAGUAUCUAGUUAUUCCACUGUACUAAGUAUGAUUCUAAGACUUCGUCAGAUCUGUGCUGAUUUUUCGAUGGUUCCUUUGGAUUUCAAGUCCUGUCUAUUUUCUUCAACUGAUAUUGAAGAUGUUUCCAAGAACCCUGAAUUGCUGCAAACAUUAAUUAGGAUGCUACAGGAUGGUGAAGAUUUUGAUUGUCCAAUUUGUUUAUCUCCCCCAACAGAUAUUGUAAUUACAUGUUGUGCUCAUAUUUUCUGCCGAGAAUGUAUUCUGAAAACUCUUCAACGCAGCAAUUCCAGCUGUCCACUUUGUCGGCGCUCCCUCUCAGAAACGGAGUUAUUCUCAGCUCCCCCUGAAUCUUUCAAGACCGAUGAUACUGAUGUUACUACUGAGCUGUGCACAGCUGAAGUAAGGUCAUCUACCAAAGUCUCUACUUUGAUAAAGCUUCUUACAGAAUCGAGGGAUCAAAAUCCAGCUACAAAAUCAGUUGUAUUUUCACAAUUCCGUAAGAUGCUGCUGUUGUUAGAAGAACCUUUAAAAGCAGCUGGCUUUAAAACAUUGCGUCUUGAUGGGACAAUGAAUGCCAAACAAAGGGCUCAAGUUAUUGAACAAUUUCAACUCUCGGAAGUUGAUGAGCCAAUGAUUCUGCUUGCAAGUCUCAGAGCUUCAAGUACAGGAAUAAAUCUUACUGCUGCCUCCAGAGUGUACUUAAUGGAGCCAUGGUGGAACCCUGCUGUUGAAGAACAAGCAAUGGAUCGUGUCCACCGCAUUGGACAGAAAGAAGAAGUGAAAAUUGUUAGACUGAUUGCAAAAAACAGCAUUGAAGAGAAAAUACUAAUGUUGCAAGAGAAGAAGAAGAAAACGAUAACAAGCCGAGGAUCUGGAAGAAGAUCAAGGGAUAUCGCUGGUAUGGGCAUAGAGGAUCUCCAUUUUGUUUUAGGAGAAUAGAGUUGGUUACUGUGAGGAUUAGUGGGAUAGUUGCAACUAGCAAGUGUUGAUUAUUGUCUGUUUGAAUCUCUCAAACAUUUGCUUUAGCCCUGCAGUUCUGAAAAUUUAUUAGUUGGGCAACUUUUUCUAUAACCAGAAGUAUAGUCAUUUUGGAUUUCCUAAUGUUUAAACUCGAACUAUUUUUUGAUCAAUCGAUGGCAGACUAUUGGAUUGGAAUCAAAGUAUCAAUGGUUUUGUAUUAACCAACCGUCGAGACCAAUAUGUAUAUAUUUUUAAAUAUGUUUAUAUAUCAUUAA